CGGCGGGGGCCGUGCAGGCCGUGCAGGCCGGGCCGGGCGGCGCGGGAGGGCCUCUCGACGCGGCGGCCGAGGUGCGGGCCGCGCUGGAGGGCGAGGCCGCGGCGCUCAGCUUCGCCUCGCGGCUGAGCGCCGAGGUGGACUUCGUGGGCGGCCGCCCGGUGAACUACCGCCUCGGCGUGGUGGUCGCGUCGAUGCUCGAGCGGAGGCACCCGCUGCCGCCGCAGCCCGAGCCGCCGCCCGUGCCAGACGUGCCCCUGAAGCUCGUGCUGACCGGCAAGCCGUUCGCGGGCAAGAAGCUGAUCGCCAGUCGCAUCGCGCAGAGCUACAACCUGCAGGUCGUCGACGUCAACGAGGUGCUUCGGGAGUGCCUCGCCCUGAGCAGGCGCCCAGACGUCGGCUCGACCGAACCAAUAGACAUGCUGUCCUUCUCGAUGGACGCGGCAGACGAGAAGUGCAGGCAGUGCGAGGAGCAGGGCAACCCGUACGUCCGCCGGUUGCAGCAGCUUGGGUACGAGGCGCAGGACCUUCUCGAUGCCGGCGAGGCCAUCAGCGACGAGCUCUACGUCGACAUGGUGACCACCAAGAUCAGGUCCCUCUUCCCAGACCGCCUGCCCAAGCCGAAGCCCUCGCUGGCCGACUCCGCGGCGGCCGAGGAGGCAGCGGCACCCGCGGACGCGGCCGCCCCGGAGCCCGCACUCGAGGAGGAGGGGAGCGACGAGGAGGCGGCCGCCAACGACUGGGCGGAGGGCGGCGUGGCAAACGCCGACGUCACGCGGCUGGCCGCCGCGCCCGCCCCGGCGGCGGCGGAAGAGGCUGCUGCCGCAGCUGACUCGCCCGGCCCCCACGCCGAGGAGGUCUGCGGCUGGGUCCUCGUGGGCCACCCCGAGGGCGCGGAGCAGCUGGGCCUGCUGGAGCGCUUCCUGUCCGGCUGGGUGGAGCCCUCGUGCCGGCCCGCGCCUGAGGCGGAGGUCCGCAAGGCCGAGGCGGCGCUGCUGGCGCCGCGGCCGCCGGAGGAGCCGCCGCCCUUUGCGCUGACGCCUGGCGGCUACGACCUGCACUUCCGCCUGGACGUGAGCGGCGACGAGUCGGUGCGGCGCGCGGUCGGGAGGCGGCUGGACCCGCAGACGUCGCUGACCUACCACCUGGAGGACGCGCCACCGACCGCCAAGCGCCAGCUCAUCUGCGAGCGGCUGCUGCCGGUCGACGAGCUCGCGGACUCCAUCGGCACGCUGACGCAGCGCAUCCACCUGUUCGACCUGGGGCAGGGCGGGCUGGACGCCUCCCUCUCGCACUUCGGGCCGCUGCCAGACGUGCCGCGCCUGGUCUGCGUGGACGCGAACCGGUCGCUGGACGAGGUCUACGACUCCGUCGAGGAGCAGGUCGCCAUGCUGCUCGAGCGCAGGCGAGCGGAGGCGACGGCCUCCGAGCAGGCCGCCGCCGAAGGUGCUCCCGCGACCGCGCCGACGCAGAGCGUCUCGCCGCCGCCGGGGACGCCGGCCGAGGCCGAGGCGGGCGGCGCCGCGCCGGCCGCCGCGGCCGAGGCGGCGCCGGCGCCGAGCACAGAGCCCCUGGCGCUGGCCGAGCUCUCGCAGCACGUCGGGCAGCUCGAGGAGCCGUUCUUCCAGCUGCUGCUCCGGCAGUGGGACGAGCUGCAGACCGGCUUCGUCAGCAGCGUGCGGCAGCUGUGCAACUGGCACCGCGCGCACGCCGCCGACUUCCAGAGCGGCCUGCACAGGGUUCAGCAGUGCUUCGUCGGCUUCCUCCAGCGGCCCGACGACAGGCAGGCCCACGUGGACGCGUUCAUCGCGACGUUCAACAGCUUCAGCGAGGAGUACCCAAGCAUGCGGAAGCAGGACGAGACGAAGGAGGAGCUGCACCAGCGCGCCGACGACCUGGGUGACACGCUGAGGGCGCUCACGGAGGAGAGGCGCAACGAGAGCGCCCAGCAGCUGGAGGUGCUGCAGAAGGGCUGGUGGGUCGAGUCGGAGGUGGAGACCGUCGCUGCCCAGGUGCAGUACGCCGUGCAGAUGGAGGCCUCCAGGUACCACGCGGCGUGCCAGCUCCUGACGGACUUCUACUACAGCGCCAUGCGGCUGGGCCUCCCGCCCCCGAGGGAGCCGCUCGCAGAGAUCGACGUGCUGUCGCUGGAGGACAAGUCCGCCGAGGCCGCGCCCGAGCCGAAGAAGAAGGGCAAGGAGGCCCCGAAGGGCAAGAAGGGCAAGGACCAGCCGCAGGACGAGUCGGCACCCGAGGCCACCCCCGAGGAGAAGGCCGCCAUGCGCCUGCGCCGCUUCGUCGACGGGGCGAAGGACCCCGAGAGCGGGGCUGCGCUGCCGGGCCGCUGGGAAUUCCCGUUCCUGCCGGAGCUCCUGGCGAAGGCGAGGGCGGUCGUCUGGCAGCUUGCCGAGUACAGCCCGCCCGCGAUCGCGGAGAAGGCGGAGCCUGAUGCCCCUGACGACAAGAAGGGCAAGAAGGCCAAGGACAAGAAGGGCACCACGCCCGAGCCCGGGAAGAAGGGAAAAGGCGCCUCGAAGGAGGUUGUCGAGGAGGCUCCGCCAGCUCCCGCGCCGCGGCUGUACGUGGACCUGCAAAACGCCUUGCUGGCCGAGAGGGCGACCUACCUGCACCGGCUCUCCCUCAUCGGGGACUGGGCGGAGAGGAGGCUGCUGCACAUGACCGAGGCCUCCGCCGACAUGUUCUCUGCCCUCCGGGACUGGGUGGUGCUCCGCCGUCGCGCGGAGCUCUGUGCGAUCGACAGCCUGACGGACUCCAUCAAGGACACCAUCGAGCGCGAGGAGCUGAUCAUCUCGCGGCUCGCUCUGGAAGGCGCCCACGCGCACCACCACCCCAACCUGCGGCUUCGGCCGCCGCCCGCGCCGCCCGAGCCGCUGGUGGGCUUCGAGCCGGUCUCGCCCCACAGGUGGACGGUGUCGCAGCUCGACGGCUUGCUCGACGCGGUGGCGGGCGCCGCCGCCUCGGCGGCGCCUGGCGGCAGGACGCUGCCGCCCCAGCCGCUGAUCCACCUGCUGUCGGGCAUCAUGCGGCCCCACGGGGCGGAGGCGCCGGCGUCUUGGUGCCAGGGCGUGGAGAAGCUGCAGGCGCUGUGCGGCCUCUUCAACCACCCGCCCCACGGCUCGAUCGACUGCGUGGAGCUGCUGCUGGGCGUGGGCCUGGCGCACAGUCCCGCCGGGUGGCCCUCUCUGGAGACGCUUCUGGAGGUUCGCCGCGCACUCGAGGGCCUCGUGCCCGCCGGCGCCGCGUGGCCGGACUUCUGGGUCACUAGCGAGGAUGUCGCGGGGCUCCCGGCGCUGCUCGGGGACGCGGACGGCGCCGAGGCCGCGCACGCCGCCGCUUUCCGGGCAGAGACGGGCCUCGAGGCCGUGGCCUUCGACCGCGCCAGGGAGCAGCUGCGCUGGGUUGCGCGGGUGCUCCAGCGGUUCCCCGCACCGCUGCGGCAGCGGCAGGCGUGGGAGCUGGAGGCCGCCUGGCACGACCACGCCGCGAGGGGGGCAGAGGAGGCGCAGCUGGAGGCUAGGAUGCUGGAGGAUCACGUCGAGCUCGACGUCCAGAAGACGCCUAGCCAGGAGGAGUUCCAGGACAUGCCCGGGGCCGAGACGCCCAGCGAGUCGCCGGCCCGCUUCGACGCGGCCGUGCUGGAGCUCCUGGCCCCGGAGCCGCCCGAGGAGCGCCCGCCCGAGCCGCUCGGCCUGCCCGAGCCACCCCCGGGCGCGGUGUCGGUCCGGCAGCUGCUGUCGUACCUCUGCCAGGGCGCCACGGCGGACGAGGGCCUCUCGCGGGCGCUGUCCGUGCUCGCCCCGGGCGCCGGCGGCGGCUCCGCGGCCGCGGCGGACGUGCACGCGUGCCUGCUGCAGCUGGGGGCGCGGCCCACGCCGCCGAGCGCGGUGAGCGACGGGCGCCCCUUCCUCCCGUCGCUCCGGCAGUUCUGCGAGGAGGUGGGCGCCGCCUCUCCCGAGGCUCCGCUGAGGCUCGAGGAGCUGGCCGCGAACCCGCAGCUGCAGCGGCUGAUGGGCCGCGGCGGCAUCGGGCCGCGGCACCGCCGCGCGCACCUCGAGAAGCUGUUCCCAAGGCCCGCUGCGGAGCGCCCCCGAUCCACUACCGCGCGAAGCUCGGCGCCGUGAUGGCCCUGCCUGCAUCCUGCGCUGCGUCAGUCUGCCGCCCCCCGCCCCCCAUCGGGGGGGCUGCCUGUUCUGCGCCCCGGCUGCGGCCGCGUGUCCGCGACGGCAGGGGCAGUGGAGGAUCAGGAGCUUAACGGGGAGUGACGGGCGUCGCUGUCGCACAAGCCAUGUUUGCAUCUUGCGCUGUGUUUUUGCGGGGCCCGUGAACGGCCAGGACGAGGGCUGUCCCCGUUGUCCCGCUCCUCGCCGUCCUGCUGCUCGUCCCCCCAUCCUCCCUCCCCGCCCCUGCUGCUCCUCUCUCCUCCCCUCGUUUCUCCUUGAUGUCCUGGGCCUGGCCGAUCUCCUGCCCCCGCAGAAUUUCAGACUGGCCGCGGCGGCAGCCAUUGCUGCUGACGCGGCGCUCGUCGUCGCACCCUUGUCGUACGGCCCUUGUCGCACUCAGAAA